AUGGCUGCCGUGACAACGGUACCCAGCUAUUCCCCUUCAAUAUGGGUGAGAGUGUGUCACGCCCUGCCCCGGCUGGACCUCAGCAUGCAGAUGAGGGACAACAUCUUUGUCCCCGACAGCUGGGAGUACCAACAGACUCUGCUGGUUUUGUCCAGUGUGUCAGCCAUCGCUCUUGUUAUCUCCCUCUUGGUGAUUCUAUCCUUCCUCAUACACUACUGCUGCUGUCACCGUGGCGACCGGAGUGAGGGAUCAGAGGAGGAGGAGGAGGAUGAAGAUGGCAGCACGGGUCACGGUUACAGUGGGAAGAAGGGGCGAGGCAUCUGCUGCGUCACUUGGAUGGCGGUUGCCGCUGUCACGCUUUGCUGUGUUGCCAUUGGCAUCGGUUUCUAUGGCAACAGCGAGGCUAAUGAUGGGAUGUAUCAGUUGACCUCCUCUCUUCUCACAGCCAAUUAUACGCUAGCUUCCAUCGAUCUGCUGAUUUCAGACACAAUUACUGGACUGCAGCUCUCUGUCUCCGGCCCUCUGAACUCAAUGGAGGAGUUGUUUUCUGGCAGCAAACCUUUUCUGGUGUCCACACGAAACUGUCGGAGGUUAUCCGAGAACGUCAUCAACCUCCUCUCCUCCAUCUCCCUGGCUCGGUCCAGCAUAGACGCAGGGCUGGGGAACGACAGCGGUGUCAGCGGGGCAUCCAUCAUUCCCCUGACACCCGUCCCACCCUCCGUAGCUCCCACGGUGGUGCCUGCCAGCAGCUUAUUGCCCAACCCAUUCUCACCUGGCUGGGCGGCCAACACACUGAUGGUCAAUGAGGACUACAGGUGGCUCUCAUACGUGUUAUUGCUACUGCUCGACCUCAUAGUUUGUCUGUUCAUCCUGCUGGGACUGGCUAAGCAAGCCCGCUGGCUGCUCAUUCUGAUGACCGUGCUGGCAUGGCUGGCUCUCUUCCUGAGCUGGGGCUCCCUGGGAUUGGAGACAGCCACUGUGGUGGGAAACAAUGGGACAGCUGUGGGCCUGCCCACUCCAUCCUGCCACGGCUCAUUACUUUUCCAGACUCUCUGUGUGGCGCUCGCUCCCUCUGCUGGUGGGGGGAUUUCCAGCUGGGUGACGGCACUCAGUGACUUCUGCUCCGAUCCAAACUCCUUCGUCCUCAACUCCACCCAGUUCAACACGGGGACCAGCUCAGAUGUGCUGGACUAUUAUCUGACAUGCAACCGGCGCAUGAACAGUCCGUUCCAGCAGCUGCUGACCCAGUCUCAGAGGGCCCUCUCAAACAUUCACACACAUCUCUCCAGCCUGGACAGAAACGCCCUCCCGCAGUUCCCCAAAGCUGAGGACUACAUUGACUCACUAAAAGGCCUGUGCUACGAUGGGAUGGAGGGACUGCUCUACCUCUCCCUCUACUCUUUCCUGUCCGCUUUGGCCUUCACAGCUAUUCUCUGCUCUCUCCCUGGUGCCUGGAGGAGCUUCCCCAGUGAAUCAGAGGAGUACGAUGACUCGGACAGCGAGAGUGAGGACCCCUUCACCUCCCAUCAGGCACGUAGACAGGCGUCCUCGGGGUCUCAGCGAGGGGCCAUGGCCCCCUUCUAUAAUUACCCGGGGGCCGGGUGGACACCCCCCUUUUCUAGCGCGCCGCCCCUCCCGACAGACAAUGUAGGCCGCUCGGACGUUUCACAGAUCUGGUCUCAAAUGGCGCCCUGUCUCCUAAGCAGCAGCACGCUACUGCUGUGCUGGGGGGAGGUUGUCAUUGGCCAGGCUGCGCUCGUAAAAAUUCCGGCGAUGACUCCAAACGUUUCCUCCAAUGGCAACCCUGGCUAUGAGAGCCUUCCCUUGACUGACAGGCAGUCCCCACCCCCCUCUUACUCUCCCAGCAUGCUGACUGGUUAUGGGGGAAGUCAAUCACACCCCAACCCCCCCCAUUCAAGAAACCUGUAUUCACGUUGA